AUUAAAUCCGGACUGCAGAGACCUCCUCUUCCUCCUCCUUCUCCUCCUCCUCCUCUUCCUCCUGCUGCAGGACGGACUGCUCCCCUCGCUGCUGUCAAACAAACAGAAAGACAAACGGACAGAGAGAGGAGACGGAGAUUCUGGAUCAGCUGAAGGUUUCCUUCCUGUCCUCCUGGCGUGAAACAGCGAUUGUGUUUAACAUGCAAGAUCCCAUGAGUGUGUAACUUAUUCACGAGGGCUGUUCAGUGCGUGAGAGGGGAGAGAGAGCGUGUGUGUUUUAAAGAUCUGAGAUGGGCUCUGUGGGAGCAGAGCGCCGCAGGCCCACACCGGUCCAGACGCCCGAGGAGAGAGAGGUGUGGAGGGAUGGAAGCCGAGCUGGAUGGAGGGAGGCCGGGAGGGAGGGAUGGAGGGAGAGGAGAGAGAGCGGCGUGGUGCAGAGCUUCAGUUUUGACUCGUACCAGCUGGAGGAGGAGGUGAUCAGUAAAGACGCCCCGGAGAGAGGAGUGCUGGCUCUGUCCGAGCCCGACUUUGAGGAGCCGAUCCCCGAUGAUCGGUACCACGGUAUCUAUUUUGCUAUGCUGUUAGCUGGAGUGGGCUUCCUGCUUCCCUACAACAGCUUCAUCACUGAUGUGGACUACCUGCACCACAAGUUCCAAGGGACGUCCAUUGUGUUCGAUAUGAGUCUGACGUACAUCCUGGUAGCUCUGCUGGCCGUCAUUCUCAACAAUGUGCUGGUGGAGAGACUCAGCAUGCACACCAGGAUCACAGUGGGUUAUAUCUUGGCCCUUGGUCCUUUGGUGUUUGUCAGUGUUUUUGACGUCUGGCUGGCAAAGUUUACAACCAGACAGGCGUACAUCAUCAACCUGGUGUCAGUGGGGGUGGUAGCCUUUGGAUGUACAGUGCAGCAGUCCAGUUUCUAUGGAUACAUGGGGAUGCUGCCAAAAAGGUACACACAGGGGGUGAUGACCGGAGAGAGUACAGCCGGCGUCAUCAUCUCCCUUUCUCGAAUCUUCACCAAGCUUCUGAUCACAGACGAGAGGAGGAACACACUCAUCUUCUUCCUCGUCUCCAUCAGCAUGGAGAUGCUAUGUUUCCUGCUGCACCUGCUAGUUCGCCGCUCCCGAUUCGUCCGUUACUACACAAACCACGCCCAGGGCAAAGGUCCGGGCAAAGGCCACGACCCAAGAGACAACGGAACGGGAUACCGGGUUCACCAUGAUGUCAGCGCAGAGGAAGUAAGAUUUGGAAAUGGAGGAACAGGACCGUCCUCCACAGAGGAAGGCGGAGAGGACAUCGUGGGCGGGACGUACGUGAGAUUCGAUGCCCCGAAAGCAAAGAUAAGGAGGAGCUGGCCAGGUGUCCGAGACAUGAUCCUGCAUCGGUACGUGGUGUCCCGUGUGAUCUGGGCCUACAUGUUGUCCAUAGCUGUGACCUACAGCAUCACUCUGUGCCUGUUUCCUGGUCUGGAGUCAGAGAUACGAAACGCCACGUUAGGGGAGUGGCUCCCUAUCCUCAUCAUGGCCACAUUCAACAUGUCUGACUUUGUUGGAAAGAUCCUGGCAGCGCUGCCGUAUGAUUGGUCCGGGGGUCGCCUCCUCUUCUUCUCCUGUCUCCGUAUCGUCUUCAUCCCUUUGUUCGUCAUGUGCGUUUACCCCGCCAGCUCCCCCACCCUGUCCCACCCGGCCUGGCCCUGCCUCUUCUCCCUCCUCAUGGGAGUCACCAACGGGUACUUUGGGUCCGUCCCCAUGAUCCAGGCUGCGGGAAAAGUUCCGCCUGAACAGAGGGAGCUGGCAGGAAACACCAUGACUGUCUCGUACAUGACGGGCCUGAUGGUGGGCUCCGCUGUGGCGUACGCGGCUUACAGCUUCACCAUUUCAGGAUCAGGAUCACACUUCCACACACCCAGCCUUCACAUACCUGCCAACACAACAGGUUACUGAAUACACAGACGUCACACAUCAUCGUUCAUACAUGGGAUCCUGUCUGGGUGAAGCAUGCAGACUCUAACCAAGCUGCAGAGGGUGACAGAUCUACAAACCUAUGAAAGAUUCUGCUUAUAAUUUGGCCUAUUCGACAGCUUUGGAUGAACACGUUUUUAAUCCUCUUGCUGUUGAUGCAGUGACCUUAAGAUGACUCGGCUCUGCUGUGAUGAACUUUUACUCUGAGUGAAGAUGUCAGCAGGCCGACCAGAGCCUUUGGACAGUCUCACUGUGAUGUCUGCAUGCGUGGAAGCAGUUCAGCUGAAGUUUGUACAGUGUAAAGUCAAAGAUGUUCUUCUAAAACUCACUGUUCACUUCAUUAGGUACACCUAUUUAGCUGGUAAUUAAUGCAGAUCUCAAGGCUGUGUGCUGAAGGUCAA